UGAAACUUCAAAUUCCGGGUGUCGGGGGUUUUGGGACAGCUUUAAAAGCGUUAAAGUUUAACAGUCCUACAGAAAUGCAUUGUGACUUAUGUAUCCGUAUAACAGGACAGUUGUACCUAACAGAACUACUAGUUCUCAUUAUAUGCAUUUCAUUAUCGACACAAUGGAUAUCAUGGACACGUUUCCAAGUAUGCAUGGAUCUCACAUUGUUAUGGGUAAUGCUCCUAUACACGUUCCUGCUUUGAUUAGUCCUUUUAUUCGCCAGAACUUAACCCUAUCGAAGACUUUUGGUCUAUUGUCAAGUCCAAAGUUAGGCGUCAUGCAUUGAGAGACACAGAAACUCUGACUAAAAGAAUAGUUGAGGCUUGUGAAGAAGUUCCUCUCCAACAUCUUCAAAAUUGUAUUCAACAUCCUGUAAAUUUAUUUGAUAAGUGCUUAAAUAAAGAAGCUAUCUAACUCCAAUUUAUUGCUCAC